CUCCGACGCACCCCACGUGCACUCUUCUUGUACUACUAUUCUUGCUCCAUCUAUUCCUGAUCUAUCUUCCAUAUUAGCAUAUUUAUUCAUACAUAUCCAUAAACCCCCCAAACCAUGGCAAAAGACGACCCCAAAGCCGACCCAGACCAACUCAACUCCAUCGAACGCCUCCGCAAAGAACCCCGCCCCGACUUCUCCUCCACCCCGGUGCAACGCAAACCCCUCCCGAAAGAAAUCCAACAAACCCUCGACAAUGAAGAGCGCUUCUGGGACGUCCUCAGCUCCGGCAAGGCUGAAGACUCCACCGACUCCGGACUCCGAUACGCCGCCUACGCCAACCGGAUACGCACCAUCAUGCUCAGCGCCCACCGAUACGUAGCCUACACCAGCGACAUCGGCGAGUCCUUCCGUCCUGUCGCGCAUCCGUGGCUCGUGCGGAGUGCGUAUGGCAUCAGCUGGGCCUAUAUCUUGGGCGAUGUGUCGUACGAGGGCUACAAGGCGUAUCUGCGCAAUGAGAAGGUGCGCCACCCGGAGAAAGAUGCCGAUGCAAACACCUCCACAGCCCUCGUGGUUCCCGGGCAUGUUGCGCCGAUCGACGACUACCGGACCAUCAUGGUGCAGCGCGGUAUCUUCCAAUCCAUCGCCUCGAUGGGGCUGCCUGCUUUCACCAUCCACUCGGUGGUGCGAUACAGCGGGCAAGCGUUGAAGAAUGUGAAGAACACAAAGAUACGGACGUGGGGUCCGAUAGGGCUGGGUCUUGCUGCGGUGCCUGCCUUGCCGUAUAUGUUUGACAAACCCAUCGAGCACGCGACGGAGUGGCUGUUCCAUUCGGCUUUCGAGGCUGUAGGUGGCCCACAAGCUGUUGGUAAAGAUCCGGCGACAGGUCUGGCGGGUCGGCCGGAGAAGGAGAAGGAGCUGUAACACGAUUUCCCGCUCACAUAUACGAUGACAAUCUACUCAAUCUAUUGGUGAA